AUGGCGGCGCCGCUGCGGCUGUGUCGCGGCGUGGGUCCGGCGUGGCGGGCGCUGCCGCAGCGACUCCGGCCACUGCCGCCGCAGAGGGCCGGCUCCAGCGGCGCGAGGAGCCGCUUGUACGAGCACGCGCGGGAGGGGUGGGCGUCGUGGCCGCAGCUGGACGUGGCGUGGCUGAGCGCGCGGCUGAGCGAGGCCGAGCGGGACCUGGAGGCGCGCAAAGGGCCUCUCAAGGCGCCGGACCUGCGCGAGAUUAUUACUGCUUGGGAGAGGUUGAAUCAGGUUCAAGAAGAGAUUGCAAAACUCACCACUGAAAAAAAGAAAGUGAGCAAAAAAGUGUACAAUUUUACGCAAAGCUACGAUGAUAGUACUUUACAGACGCUGCCUAUUUACAACACCUUGGUGAAAGAGGGGAGGGAAAUCCGCCUUCGCCUCAAUGCCUUGCACCAGCAGGAGAUUGAGUUGGAAGAAAAAUACUAUCUGCGUGCCCUUAAGCUGCCCAACAGGAUUCACCCUGAUGUGCAAUUUGGAGAUGAGAACGAACCACGGGUGGUGGAGAUCAUUGGGGAAAAACCAGAAUUUGAUUUCAAGGUAAAAGGACACCUGGAAAUUGGCGAAAACCUGGAUAUUAUAAGGCAAAGGCGCUUAUCGCAUAUUUCCGGUUUCCGGUCGUACUACCUCCGCGGGGCCGGUGCUCUGCUCGAGCAAGCCCUGGUCCAGUUCACGUUCUCCAAGCUGAUAAAAAAGGGUUUCAUUCCCAUGACGGUCCCAGAUUUGCUUAAAGGAGCUGUGUUUGAAGGCUGUGGCAUAUUACCUGAAGCCCACUCCUCCCUGGUGUAUAGCAUAGACCCUUCCCGGUUUGAGGAUCUGAACUUGGCAGGAACAUCUGAGGUUGGAAUUGCAGGUUAUUUUGCAGACCAUGCUGUAGCUCUGCAAGAUAUGCCAGUCAGGAUCGUGUGUGCCAGCACCUGCUACCGAGCUGAAACUGAAACCGGCAAGGAACCAUGGGGGCUCUAUCGGGUGCACCAGUUCACCAAGGUGGAAAUGUUUGGAGUUACUGCCAACGAGACAGGUCUAGAGAGCAACGCCUUGAUGGAGGAAUUUCUGGCCCUGCAGAAAGAGAUUUUCCUCGAGCUGGGAUUACACUACAAAGUUCUGGAUAUGCCCCCCCACGAACUGGGCCUGUCUGCAUUCAGGAAAUUUGACAUCGAGGCCUGGAUGCCCGGCCGGGAGCAGUACGGAGAGAUCUCCAGCCUCUCUAAUUGCACAGAUUUCCAGACCCGGCGGUUGAAUAUCAAGUACUACGACCAGAACCAGCAGCUCAGCUUUGCGCAUACCGUUAACGGAACAGCCUGUGCAAUUCCCCGGAUGCUCAUUGCCAUUCUAGAGUCCAACCAACGCAAGGAUGGCAGCGUUCUGGUCCCAGCAGUCCUGCAGCCCCUGAUGGGCACGGAGAUCAUCUGCAGACCCAGCCACACCCCGCUGAAAUACAUUGGUCCCAACCAGGCCAAGAAAGGCAAAAACCUCUAGCCCCAGAGAAGCCCGGGGAAAACCAGAAUGACCCAGGACCCUCGGUUAGGGGCCGGAUAUCGCUGCCCAAUGGGGCAGCCCCUCCCUAACAGGAAAAGCACUUGUGCCUCGGACUGGUGGCCUGGGAUGGCUCUGCGCGUGGCGCGUUGUCUCCGUGCACACUGUGAAAGUCACAGAUGAAGACAGACAUUUGCUUGCCACAGUUGUUUCUGAGUGCCACCCUUCUGGGUGGUAUCGGGCCUUAGAGCAGACCAGCUUUCCCCGUCGGGUGUCCGCCAGAUGUGCUCCGUCAACCCCCCCAGCAGAGCGCCUUUCCGGUGGAGGCGUCUGUCCAAGGAGCUGCCUGUCCUACACAGGAGGUGCGUCAGGAGCCUGUGGCCAGUUCUUGCUCGUUCCUCUCCGAAGGGCGGAGACAUAUUUCAGGGCCUGGGAGGUCCCGGGGACAGGAGCAAAAGGUUUAUUUCAGCCUCCGGUUUCUUCUUCCUGAAUCCUGCAGCCGUGUAAAUUUUUUGUCCUCCCCUGUUUUUGCCCCUUGAAAUUCCUGGUCUCGUAAACACCCCAGAUCUCACACCACAGUGGGCUAGCUUGACCGGGAACAAGUGGGGGAGAAAUAACUUAUGUAAAUAAAUAAACAAUUGGGGUGACGUUUUAA